GGGAGGGAGUGGAUAGGGGGUGGGGCUCCCCCCCCCCAUGGAGUGUCCUCAUUUUUUGAAAGUUCAGGUAUGGUAACCCUACUUUCCACCUUCUGUUUCCUAACAAACCCCUGCCUGUUAAUCAGAGUCAACCCUACAAUGCCCGUCCCCCUGGUUACUACGUCCAUCUUCUGAAGCAAACAGGUGUCCCCAACACAUUCCAAGAACUUACUGGACGCUUUGUGUUUGUUUAAUUCCUUUUCUAACAGGUGUCUGGGUAGUUAAAGCCCCCCCCCCCCAAUUACUAAUUGUGUUUUGAAUAUUUCUGUUAUUUGCAUGAUAGAGUCGAGAACAUCCGUCUGCGGGGAAAGAGCCGGGGGGAAUUGAGAUGUGACGUGACUGUCCUGUUCUGACACAUCCCCUUCUUGCCCUGACAGGCUGCAGCGUCACGUCCCACCCUUCCAGGGAGCAGGGAAGGGAAAUGGCUGCCGUGGAGCCAGCUCAGGGGCCGGUGACCUUCGAGGAGGUGGCUGUGUAUUUCACCAGGGAAGAGUGGGCUCUGCUGGACCCCGCUCAGAGAGCCCUCUACAGGGAUGUCAUGCAGGAGAACUACGAGAACGUGGCCUCGCUGGGGUUCCCAGUUUCCAAACCUGAUGUCAUCUCCCAGCUGGAACGAGGGGAAGAGCCGUGGGCCCCAGAUCUCCAGGGCUCAGAGGAAAGAGAGAUCCUGAGAGGCAGUUGCAUGGGUGAAGGGAUAGUGAGAGAGACCAUGGAGCAGACUCCUCAGCAGGAAGAUGAUCAAGUGGAAGCGCAUGGGGCGUUAUUGCAAAGAAGCAAAGGGAGUGUGUCCAGGAGUUGUGAGCAGGGAAAAGGCUCUCAGUGGCAGCACAGGCCAGAGAAGCGGCAGGGAAACCAGCCAGCGCAGAAAGUUGGAAUAUCUGUAAAUUAUCAGGGAACUCACAGAGGGCUGAAGGAAACCACAGCCCAGCAGAGAAUCCUGACGGAAGAGAGAGAGAACACGGGCUUUGAGGGUGGGAUAAAGUUCAGGAGGCGCUCACACCAUCAGAGGAUCCACACAGGAGAGAAACCCCAUAAAUGCUGUGAGUGCGGGAAAACCUUCGCUUGGCGCUCACACCUCAUUGGCCAUCAGUGGAUCCACACAGGGGAGAAACCCUAUAAAUGCUGUGAGUGCGGGAAAACCUUUACUCGGAGCUCAGCCCUUAUCUACCAUCAGAGGAGUCACACAGGGGAGAAACCCCAUAAAUGCUGUGAGUGUGGGAAAACCUUCACUUGGAGCUCAGUCCUUAUUCGCCAUCAGAGGAGUCACACAGGGGAGAAACCCUAUAAAUGCUGUGACUGUGGGAAAACAUUCGGUCAGAGAUCAGGCCUUACUGUACAUCAGAGGAUCCACACAGGAGAGAAACCCUAUAAAUGCUGUGAGUGCGGGAAAACCUUCGCUUGGCGCUCAUACCUCAUUCGCCAUCAGAGGAUGCACACAGGGGAGAAACCUUAUGAAUGCUGUGAGUGCGGGAAAACCUUCGCUUGGCGCUCACACCUCAUUGGCCAUCAGAGGAUCCACACAGGGGAGAAACCUUAUGAAUGCCGUGAGUGCGGGAAAACCUUUGCUCAGAACUCAAGCCUUGUUAUACAUCAGAGCGUCCACACAGGAACGAAACCCUAUAAAUGCUGUGAGUGCAGAAAAACCUUCGCUCGGCGCUUAUACUUCAUUAGCCAUCAGAGGAUCCACACAGGGGAUAAAUCCUAUAAAUCCAGUGAGUGCGGAAAAACCUUCACUCAGCACUCAAACCUUAUUCACCAUCAGAGGAGUCACACAGGGGAGAAACCCCAUAAAUGCUGUGACUGUGGGAAAACUUUCACUGAGCGAUCAAACCUUAUUCGCCAUCAGAGGAGUCACACAGGGGAGAAACCCUACAAAUGCUGUGAGUGCGGGAAAACCUUCACUCAGCGCUCACACCUUAUUCGCCAUCAGAGGAGUCACACAGGGGAGAAACCCUAUAAAUGCUGUGAGUGCGGAAAAACCUUCACUGAACGCUCAACCCUUAUUCACCAUCAGCGGAUCCACACAGGGGAGAAACCCUAUAAAUGCUGUGAGUGCGGGAAAACCUUCACUCGGAGCUCAGCCCUUAUUCACCAUCAGAGGAGUCACACAGGGGAGAAACCCCAUAAAUGCUGUGAGUGUGGGAAAACAUUCGCUCGGAGAUCAGGCCUUAUUGUACAUCAGAGGAUCCACACAGGGGAGAAACCCUAUAAAUGCUCUGAGUGCGGGAAAACCUUCGCUUGGCGCUCAUACCUCAUUCGCCACGAGCAGAUCCACACAGGGGAGAAACCCUAUAAAUGCGGUGAGUGCCGGAAAACCUUCACUGAGCGCUCAACCCUUAUUCACCACGAGCAGAUCCACACUGGAGAGAAAUCCUAUAAGUGCUGUGACUGUGGGAAAACAUUCGCUCGGGGAUCAGGCCUUAUUGUACAUCAGAGGAUCCACACAGGGGAGAAACCCUAUAAAUGCUCUGAGUGCGGGAAAACCUUCGCUUGGCGCUCAUACCUCAUUCGCCACGAGCAGAUCCACACAGGGGAGAAACCCUAUAAAUGCGGUGAGUGCCGGAAAACCUUCACUGAGCGCUCAACCCUUAUUCACCACGAGCAGAUCCACACUGGAGAGAAAUCCUAUAAGUGCUGUGACUGUGGGAAAACCUUCACUCACAGAUCAGGCCUUACUGUACAUCAGAGGAUCCACACAGGAGAGAAACCCUAUAAAUGCUGUGAGUGCGGGAAAACCUUCGCUUGGCGCUCAUACCUCAUUCGCCAUCAGAGGAUCCACACAGGAGAGAAACCUUAUAAAUGCUGUGAGUGUGGGAAAACAUUCGCUCGGAGAUCAGGCCUUAUUGUACAUCAGAGGAUCCACACAGGGGAGAAACCCUAUAAAUGCUCUGAGUGCGGGAAAACCUUCGCUUGGCGCUCAUACCUCAUUCGCCACGAGCAGAUCCACACAGGGGAGAAACCCUAUAAAUGCGGUGAGUGCCGGAAAACCUUCACUGAGCGCUCAAUCCUUAUUCACCACGAGCAGAUCCACACUGGAGAGAAAUCCUAUAAGUGCUGUGACUGUGGGAAAACAUUCGCUCGGGGAUCAGGCCUUAUUGUACAUCAGAGGAUCCACACAGGGGAGAAACCCUAUAAAUGCUCUGAGUGCGGGAAAACCUUCGCUUGGCGCUCAUACCUCAUUCGCCACGAGCAGAUCCACACAGGGGAGAAACCCUAUAAAUGCGGUGAGUGCCGGAAAACCUUCACUGAGCGCUCAACCCUUAUUCACCACGAGCAGAUCCACACUGGAGAGAAAUCCUAUAAGUGCUGUGACUGUGGGAAAACCUUCACUCACAGAUCAGGCCUUACUGUACAUCAGAGGAUCCACACAGGAGAGAAACCCUAUAAAUGCUGUGAGUGCGGGAAAACCUUCGCUUGGCGCUCAUACCUCAUUCGCCAUCUGAGGAUCCACACAGGAGAGAAACCUUAUAAAUGCUGUGAGUGCGGGAAAACUUUCAGUGUGCGCUCAAACCUUACUCGUCAUCAGAGAAUCCACAAAGGCUAGCGCCCCUAUGAAUCCUGAGUGCAGGAAAACCUUCGCUGAGAGAUUCCACCUUAUUCGCCAUCAGGGAAUCCACACAGGAGAGAAACCCUAGGAAUGCUGUGAGGGCGGGAAAACCUUUGCUCGGAGCUCACACCUUAUUCUCCAUCAGAGGAGCCACACAGGAGAGAAACCUUAUGAAAUUCUUCCAUCACAGCUCUUCUCUUAUUUAUCACCAGAGAAGCCCAUGGUGUUUUUCAUCAACUCCUGUGUCAUGGAAGUUUGUGUCCCUCCAACAGGAAUGUCCCUCAGUCCCAAGUGGGGGAACCAGGAGUGACCUUUACUAGGUACAUGGAGGUUAAAUCUACCUGGGCUUUGGCUCCACUAGGGUUUUGCAUGGAGUUAGCUAGAUUGAGUUAGCAAUUCUGAUAUAAAAAACACAACUAUUUUUUUCAAGAAAGAAAAUAGCCCAUAUAGUGUCCAGGGUAACAUAGCAAAUCUCCUCACCACUGGACACAACCUCCAUCACUUUUCCUGGUCUAACCAAAUUUGGGGCAUCAUGUUUAUACUUUUCCUCCCACUGCCAAGUGAUUGUUGGUCAUCAGGUUCCCCUACUAGGGACAGAUUGGCUUAUUCCCAAUUGUUCCCACAUUGCAUUGGGUUCUGCUGAAUAGCAGUUGGGUUUUGUACCAUUUUUCUCAUAAGAACAUAAGAACGGCCGUACAGGGUCAGACCAAAGGUCCAUCUAGCCCAGUAUCUGUCUACCGACAGUGGCCAAUGCCAGGUGCCCCAGAGGGAGUGAACCUAACAGGUAACGAUC